AUGCAGCCUCGCCCUCUCUCCCUGCUCUUCUUUCUCCUGUGCACCCGAGUUGAAGCUGGGGAGAUCAUCGGGGGCACAGAGUGCAGGCCACACUCCCGCCCCUACAUGGCCUUCCUGGAUAUUCGCAACAAAGAGGGCUUUGGGGAAUUUUGUGGUGGCUUCCUGAUAAGACGGAGCUUCGUGCUGACGGCUGCACACUGCGCUGGGAGCUCCAUUACCGUCACCCUGGGAGCCCAUAAUAUAGGCAAGGAAGAAGACACACAGCAGAAAAUUGAGGUUGAAAAGCAAUUCGUCCACCCCAAAUAUAGCCACUCUACUAUUCGCAAUGACAUCAUGCUACUAAAGCUGAAGGAAAAAGCCAACCUGACCCUGGCUGUGGGGACACUUCCCCUUCCAUCGCAGCCCAACUUCAUCCCUCCGGGGAAGAUAUGCCGUGUGACUGGCUGGGGACGAACAGGAAUACACUCUCCUGGCUCCGACACUCUGCAAGAGGUGAAGCAGCGGCUCAUGGAGCCCCAGGCCUGUAAACACUACCAUUAUUUCAACCACAAAUCUCAGCUGUGUGUGGGCAACCCCAACAAAAUCAAGUCGGCAUAUAAGGGAGACUCGGGGGGCCCUCUUCUGUGUGCUGGUGUGGCCCAAGGCAUUGUGUCCUAUGGACAGCUUAACGCCAAGCCUCCUGCAGUCUUCACCCGGAUCUCCUAUUUCCGGCCCUGGAUUGAUAAAAUCCUGAAAGAGAAUUGA